AACGUCAGUCGGCUACCGGCGAGCGACCGGAGCUCACGAUCAUGCCUAGCCGUGCGCAUAAACACGCGCUCGCUAUUCUUUGUAGUCAGUAACGGUCAGCCUAUAUAAAUGAUUCGCGCUCGAAUGUGAACGCUUUCUAAGAAAAUGACAACGGUAAUUUUACCGGACACAUUUAACAGAAAUUACUUAAGUUUUUAGUAGACACUACAACUAGUUGUUGUCAAUGGUACGGCGUGGACACUCGAUUAGUGUUUAAAUUAAAUUAUGAAGUGAACAAAGGAAGGAUUGAGCGAAGAAAGAAGUGAUGUGGAAUCAACGCUGAUGUAGAAGGCACCGCCAUGGAUCACUGGGUGACGGCAGCGAGCGCGCUGUUGGCCUUCUUACUAUACUAUAACACCUUAGACGCCGGCUUCGUCUACGAUGACAGACGAGCGAUCCUAUCCAACCCGGACGUCAUCGGGCACACUCCACUAUGGUCGUUAUUUGAAAACGAUUUCUGGGGUACUCCGCUCUCAGAUCCCGGCUCGCACGGCUCCUACAGACCGCUUUGCGUUGCGACAUAUCGACUGAACUACGCAUUCGGCGGAUUCAAGCCUUGGAGCUAUCACUUUCUCAACAUAAUAUUUCAUUGCACGGCCACUGUUUUAGUGGUGACAACGGCUCGGAGACUUUUACCUCCGUAUUGUACGAGAGUCGGCACUGCCGUCGCUGGACUUACCUUCGCUGCACAUCCGAUACACACAGAAGCAGUGGCAGGGGUAGUCGGCCGAGCUGACCUCGUUUCCUGUAAUUUAUUCCUUUUGAGUUUCCUAAUUUACACUGAACACAUUCGUCUUCGCGAUGAACAAUAUAAAAAGAAACAUCGAACAAUAGUGAAAGAAAAAACGAUCCGGUGCGAAGUUUCGUCGAGAGAUCAAUCAUUCCGCUUAACUUGCCACGGUUUAAUGCAGCACAUAAUGCUAAACUUUCGUAGACUGCUAAAGGCGAGUAAAUCAGGACCGAUGAAGGUGUUUGACGCUUGUGAUAUAAAAGGAACCGUGAGACAGGUUAAGUGUCAGUACAGUGAUAGUGUCAGUGGGGAUACGAGUGAACUUUUGCAGUGGGUCGCGUUAGGAGGGACACUUGUGUUCGCUGCAGCCGCCACUUUGUGCAAAGAACCGGCGAUAAUGGUUCUGCCACUUUGCAUAUUCUAUGACUUCCUGAGAGGUCCUCGACACGAGGAAUCCUACUUUAAGUGGAGAUGGCGAAGUGUCUGCGCGCUCAGCAUGGGCGGCUUCGCGUUGCUUUACUGGCGGCUGAGACUAGCCGGGGUACCUGCUCCGUUUGCAGCAGCUGAUAACCCAGCCUCAAGAGAUCCCUCACUUUUUACAAGAGUCUACACUUUUGCCUACCUUCCCAUUUUCAAUUUUUUUCUUCUGAUUUUCCCCUAUCACCUCAGUUUCGAUUGGUCUAUGGACGCUAUACCAAGAAUAGUUACUAUACUUGAUCCACGUAACAUCUUCACAAUGGCGUUUUACGCUGUCAUAUCUAAAGUAACUUGGCGGCUCUUAGUUAAUGAAUUCAAAAAACCUCCAGAUAAUUUAGUCAGAGAAAUGAAAUUCUACAAAAAGCAAAGUUGCAAGACUAAACAUAGAUGGAAUUAUAAUAACUGCAAACAAUACAAUAGAGGACAAGACUGUGUCGAGAGAAAAAGCUAUCAUGGUCCGCACAAAGAGAAUGUAUCAUCUAAAAAGCUAUUGUGUCCGUGCACCGGUUGCAAACAUUCGCUCACUGAUGAGCACACGAGCUUGUGCCGAGCUAGUAACAACAACAACAUUAUGAUGCAUAAUUCUGUUUGCAUUUGCCCAAUACCUCAUUCUAAAACUAGGACACAGAAUCUUUACAGAAUAGUUAAUCGCAGUCCGCAAGUUGCAUUUUUAAUGUUUGUUGCUUUUAUGGUUUUGCCAUUUAUACCUGCAACGAAUUUUUUAUUCUACGUCGGUUUUGUGAUUGCUGAAAGAGUGUUGUAUACCCCUAGUGUAGGCUUUUGUUUAUUACUUGGACUUGGGGCUGGAACUUUGACAAAAAAUUGGCACCGAAAUGAGAAACGAAGUAGGAUAUUUAUGAUGUCGCUUCUCAUAUUACUUUCGGCCAUGUGUGCUAGGACUUUAUCAAGAAAUAUUGACUGGAGGGAUGAAGAAAAUCUGUUCAAAAGUUCGUUGCAUAUCAAUCCACCAAAAGCGUAUGGAAAUCUUGGUAGUGUGCUGACGGCUCAGGGGCGAAUGGCGGAAGCGGAAGCUGCGUUUUUGAAGGCGCUCAAAUAUAGACCAAACAUGGCCGACGUUCAUUACAAUCUGGGAAUUUUACUACAGAACCAAAGGAGGUACGGCGAAGCUAUCAAAAGUUUUGAGAGAGCAAUUUACUUUCGACCUUCAAUGGCUCUGGCAUACGUGAAUUUGGGAACUUCGCUAAUGGCGGACGGGCGGUUAGCUGAGGCGGCGAGUGCGUUACGCGCUGGGUCGCGCGCGGACGGUAUCCGGGUGAGAGAUCGACGCGAACACGAAGCCGCACGUGUCUCUGCGUUGGUGCAACUAGCAGCUUUACACUCGCAGCGGGGACAUUGGCAUAAAGCGCUGUCAGCGUACAAAGACGCCCUGCAAAUAUUACCAGACAGCAACACUCCUAUCGUUGGAUGGACCCGACAUAACGUGCUAUCUAUGGCGAGUGAAAUAUACGUGCAACUUCAACAGUGGCCGCUGGCGGAAAACAGCAUUCUUUCAGCCUUGGCCAUAGCACCUCAAGACGUACGGACACAUGUCACACUUGCACAAAUACUUGCGAGAAACACGAGUAGAAGUAUGGAAGCCGAGCUGUGGUUCAAAAAGGCGCUGCUGUUAGCACCUCAAGAUCCUUCUAUAAGAGAUCAAUUUGGCAUGUUUCUGAGAUCACAUCGUCGCUUCCGCGAAUCUGCGGAACAGAUGGUCGUGGCUGCGCAGCUGUCGCCUGACAGCGGUGCGAGGGCUGCGGCGGCCGCCAGAGCGCUCCGUGACGCUCGAAGGUGCAGGGCGGCGGAGCGUUGGUACGCUCGGGCGGUACAGUUAAAUCCUGAGGACGCCGAGUACCAUUCGAACUUGGGUGCUAUUUUGCAUCUGAACGGGAAAUAUACGGCAGCCGCAACCUCAUACAGACGGGCGUUACAACUACAACCAAAUGAUGAAAUCACUACAACCAAUUUAAAGAGAGUCAGAGCACUCAUGCACAGUCAAAGAAGGAAAUAAUUUUUACACGUCAUGUCAAUUGCCAAGCUAAUUAGUAAAAUCAAUUGUUUUAAUAGACAGUUAAAAUAAACUAGAAUUGUUUUGUGGUUAAGAAGGCCUCUAAAACUGUCAUCGGUCAUAGGACCUUUGUGGAGUCGUGUUUCAAUUACGAUCGAUAAAUAUUUUAUUAGAUUUUAUUACAUUAAAAUUACUCAUGGUUGCUAAAUCGAAUUCUAAUGUAAUUCAAAAGGAACCUUACAAAAAAGUUCAGUUUUAGCUAGAAAUUGAUUAAUGUUAAUAUAUUUUUAAAAUUAUAACGAUUUUAUACAUGGCUGGAUUUUAUGAUACUGUGUACUGUGAAUAUAAAACUAAAAAAAAAAAUCACCUCAUUAAUUUAUUUCGUCUUCCAUAAGAAAAUAUUAUGCUGUUUUUAUAGUGAAAUAAACGGUAAUGGUAUAAAGGCUAGUGCUCAUUUAUUGUGUUGUGCUAUUCUUUAGGCUACUUAUAACAUUCGCGAAAAUAAAAUUGUAAUUCGGUUGAGGCUAAUACGUUUUAGAAAAAAAUUAUAUCCCAAAAACGACAACAGUGCUAUUUUCAAAGUCAAUGAAUCUGCUAAUUUUCUUGUAGAUUACCGUCCUAUUUAACACACUCUCCUUCUUUCGUAUAGUAUAUUCCUACAUGAUCUAUAUAAAUACUUACUGUCUUUUGAAGACUAUUUACGUAUACAUAACUAUAAUUUCCUAACUUUCACGCUGCAUCGAAAUAAAACCUUGACGUGCAACGAAAUGAGUUUGGUGUUGUUGUGAGAAAAUUAAAUUUCCUUAAAUAUUACAGUUUAAUUAACAUUUAAUUAACACUCAUUACACAAGUAACGAAGAACGGAGUACAAAAUUACUCAAAGAAGUUUUUCUUCUCCAAUAUUUAAUAGUUUAAAUCUUCAUCAUCUAUCAAGUCAUUGUGAUAUUAUUAGCAUGCUUAAAACUUUAUGUUUACAAAUAACAAAACAUAUCUAUAUAUAUUUAUGUAGAUACGUCAUAAUGAAUAACAUUGUUACAACUUUUAUGUAUCUAUGUAACGUCUUUGUAAGUUAAAAAAUGUAAAUAAAUGAAUGUAAACGUAAGUAAUUCAUUUGUAAUGAAAAAUGUUAUUUUCUAUGUAUAAAAUAGUUUUGUUGUUUUCUUCUCACAUCUGUGACAAUAAAUAUAAAUUACGCUUUGUAGUUGUAUUAUGUAAAAUAAACGCCAAAAUGUUUAUUUAUUUAUAUACUAAUAAUAGUUUGAUGUGAUUGUGUUUAUACGGUGUGGGGCCAUGAUAUGAAAUGAGUAUCAAUUGUAAAAAAAAAAGUAGAUAGUAUGCAAAUGAGGUUUCAUUGCUAAAAUAAACACAAUCACUUGCAAGUAUUAUCUUUACGAUUCAAUUAAGCUGAAAUAUUUGGACUCAGAAAUUGUGUUUCAACAAAAAUAUAUACCAGUUUAAUACCUAUGUACAUAUUUCAAUAAACGCAAAUAUUAUGCUUUAAUGAAGAUAAAAUUAAAUACAUUCGAUAUUAAUCCGUGAAAUUCCGAGUAGACUAAAGCUAUGAAAUCGGAUUCUACUACUUAUAUGGAAUUGCUUGCAUACAGUUAAACAAAAUCUAUGUUUAAAGGCUUCGUCAAACAGAUCGCGUACUUAGCGUGCGUCAGAGCGCUAAACUAACGCCGCGCUAUGACGCGCGCUAAUAACGCGUUCUGUUUGACGAAGCCUUAAAUUUAAAUAAUACGAGCUAUUAUAUCUUACCCUCAACAUGCAACGAUUUGAAGUUUUAGUAACUCUAUUUUAUAAACGAAUAUAUUAUCAAUAUAUUAUCUACCUUAAUAAAUUAUAUAGACCAAUUACUUCCGAAGCAUUUCACUCAAGAAGAAUACAAUGUCAACUUCCAAUAAACAUUAAGUUUGAAUCAUUUUUUUUAAAUAAUAAAUCAUGGAAUUGUAUUUAAGUAAAUAUUUUUGUUUGUUUAAGUACUUAUAGUUAAAUAGGUAAGUAUGUUCGCGUUAUGCAAGUAAACCUGCAAAUUCCCAAAGUGAUAUAAAUUAUUGUAUGUUGAUAAUUUUGUAAAUAAAAGCUUCGAUAUUUUAUGAA